AUGAAGGAUGAACUCGGGGCCAGCGUCGUCUUUUUGUUGGAUGCGAUGAAGAGUGACUGCAUCAGUCUGCAGAGCGCAGUCAUAACGUGUAACCAGUGGCCCCUCAUUUGGUGGUUCUGGAACGUUGCCAUCAGGCCUGCAGCCAUGGAUGCAUACAAGUUUCGCGUCCCGAAGCCCAACUACCUCCCCCACAAGCAAGAUGUCGACCAUGACAUUGUCCAAGAGUAUGAAUCGCCGCUCGGCCUGGCUAGUGAUAUGGACAACGCAAAGUUCUACAACAAAUGCAAGCGUAUGGCGGAAGAAUCUGGCAUCACGCGACCAAAGGGCUACAACGUCUCCUUUCACUGCAAUCCCGACAUGGAGAAGCAUCACUUUGGCAUGACACACCCAAUGAAGCCCUGGCGCCUCACCCUCUCCAAGUCCCUCAUUUACUCGUACGGCAUGUCAUUCGCCAUGGACAACUACGUCUCGCGCGCCGCCACGUACGAGGAGCUGGCCACGUUCCACUCGACCGACUACCUGGAUUUCCUCGGCACGGUCCUCCCAGAGCCAGUCCCGCGCGAUCUCGAGAACCAAAACCCAGAUCUCAAAUUCAACCUCGGCGGCUCCGACUGCCCGCUCUUUGAUGGUCUCUACGAUUACUGCUCCAUGUCGGCGGGCGGCGCGCUCGACGGCGCGCGCAAGCUCUGCUCUAAGCAGUCUGACAUUGCCAUUGCCUGGGGCGGCGGCCUGCACCACGCGAAAAAGGCCGAGGCCUCGGGCUUCUGCUACAUCAACGACAUUGUUAUCGCCAUCCUCCAGCUCCUACGCUACUACCCGCGCGUCCUCUACAUUGACAUUGACGUCCACCACGGUGACGGUGUCGAGGAGGCGUUCUUCUCGACUGACCGCGUCAUGACUGUCUCCUUCCACAAGUACGACCCCAACAACUUCUUCCCUGGCACAGGCGCGCUCGACGAUAAUGGACCUAAGAGCGAGCAUAAUCCCGGCGCGCACCACGCCGUCAACGUACCCCUCAACGACGGCAUCACCGACGAGCAGUACGAGUGGCUAUUCAACUCGAUCAUUGGCCGCAUCGUCGAAAAGUUCCGUCCUGGCGCCAUUGCCCUGCAAUGCGGGGCCGACUCACUGGCCGGCGACCGCCUCGGCCGCUUCAACCUGCAGGUUCAGGGCCACGGUGCCUGCGUCGAGUUUUGCAAAAAGUACAACCUGCCCCUCAUCCUGUUUGGGGGUGGCGGCUACACGCCGCGUAACGUCGCCCGCGCAUGGGCCUACGAGACAUCGAUUGCCAUAGGCUGCGACGACAAGAUCAACUCAACGCUGCCGCAACACGUGCCCUGGCGCGAACAAUUCCGCCAGGAUACACUUUUCCCAACGCUAGAGCAGAUCCUCGGCGAGCCUCGUGUCAAUCGUAACUCGCAGAAGCGCUUGCAGGACAUCCUCCAGCACGUUACCGAGCAGCUGCGUUUCGUCCAGGCCGCACCAAGCGUGCAGAUGCAAGCCAUCCCCCCCGAUCUAGGCGGCAUCCGUGAGGACGUGGAGCAGCGUCUCAAAGAGGUGAAUGAAGAGAGGAGCAACGAACUGCGGCGAGCUAGAGAGGCGGGCACAGCCGUACCAAUGGAGUUCUAG